AUGUUUGAAUCCAUAAGUUUAUCUUCAACCAUUGGAGGUAAUGGGAACCCUUAUAAAGUAAAUAAUCGACAGGAUAACCAGAAUCAUCCUGAUUUAGAAUCUAUUCAAGGUAGUACAGAUGAGGACUUAGAUCCAGCAGAAUUUCUUUCACCACAAUCACCAGAAUUAUUAGCACAGAACAAAACCAAUGACUCACAUAUUAACCCCAUCACAGAGGAAGAUAAAGAGAGAAGUGUUGAACCGAAACUUUCAAGUAAUGCAUCAAUUCUGACAGAAACUGUGGAACCUUCAGAUGAGGAAUUCAAUGAAUCAAUGUUAUUCAGUUUGAAUCUUGCAAUUCCCCUACAACAACAUAAUCAUAACCAAUCAUCAGAAUCUCCACUUCAAUAUCUUCAGGAGAAUUUCAACAAGCUUGAAAAUGAUCUCCAAGUUCAAACCCGGUUACAUAAGCAAGCUUUAGAUAAUGGUAGUGAGAAGUUACAUAAAAUACGACACAAAAUUGGCAAUAUCCUUGAUUCUAUCUCCGAAAAUCAAUAUUCUUUACAUGAAUUGUAUCAAACUGAGUCGAACUAUAACUCCCAGAUGUUGAAAAAGUUCAAAAAAUGGGAUGAUAAACGUAACAAACUUAUCAAGAAGAUUCAAUCAAUUAAAAGUGAGGAUAACGAAUUUGGGAUAAAAUUACUGAAGCUCCUAGAUGAGUCUUCGGAUUUAGAUCAUGAGAUAAAUCAAUUGGAGGUGAGAUUACUUUCUUUGAAGACCAAGAAGAAACUCCUAGCUACGGAAAUUAAAGAUACCAGUUCUGUUCUUGAAAGUAGAACAUCUAAGUAUGUGAAAGCAUUUGAGGAGCUUGAUAGGAAUGGUGAAGUGGCGAUUCUUGAAGUUUUACGUCUGAAUGGCGUUAUUGAAGACAAAGCUCGUGAAUUGAUUCGUUCAACUCCUGUAGCUGCAGGAUUUGUAGAUCAUUAUAUGAACAAACAACUGCACCGCCAAGUUGAAAUACCAAAACCAUUCAAUGAAUCAUUAAGAAGAAAAAGUAUGAGUCCUCCUUUGAAGUCUGGAACCACCACUUCCAUUAGUCCUGUUCAAUCUCAAGCCGUGUCUCAGGGUAACAAUGUUUCAAGUAUGGGUAUGCAAGCUUACGAACCUCCUUCGGAUUUUACAUCUCCUCAACAUACAGGUAUACAAUCCAAUCAAACAAUAGGUACAGCAGCGUACCAACCCGUAGGAAUGGAAGCUUAUGAGCCACCUUCAAUAUCUAACGAACCUGAAUUCUCGAACCAGUCUCACCUGAGCGUCCCAUAUGAUAAAGGGUUUAAUAAAGGUUUAGAAGCUUCAGAGAAGUUUAAACGUCAACUAAAUCAAAUAUUUGAACUUUAUAUUAAACCUUUGUUGGAACAAAAAACUAAAUAUCAGCACUUACCUUCUAUGAGUGUAGAUGAUUCUUCCAACACCAUCAAAACUAAGAUAGAUUUGGCACCAAUUUUAUCGUUCAUAGAACAUAAAAUUGAGGCGUAUGUUGAACUAUCUAGACAGACUGGAAUCAAGUCUACGGUUUAUCAUAAGGGUAGUGUUCUUUGGAAAGAUACCUAUAGUUUGAUCCAAACGCGAGAAAACGAACUUCAAGGAAGUAUGAUCAUGUCAAGAAAUGAAGUGGAGAAAACCAUUGGAGGUGUCUUGAUAAACUCGUUGAACGAAGUGUUCACAUCUUUAGAUAAAUCGGAAGAACCCGUAUCCAGAGUUAUCGAAAAUGAGGCCCAUGCUUUAAUAAGUGCACUUUCAAUGUUACCACCUUCUUUCAAAGACAAACGAUUAGAGUAUGAAUCAAAACUCCAAGAGAGAAGGAAAGUCCAACCUAAGAUUGAUCUAACCACUUCAAUCAAUUCUACAUAUGAUGAUUCAAGCUCUGAUUAUCUUUAUAACAUAAAUUCCAAUGCUAUAGAACACAAAGUAUUGAAACCAACUCCAAGAGUUUCACAACCAAUAUCACACAAAAUGUCCAACAAUAAGUUGGUUAAAGGGGAAUAG